AUGGCUUCCUCGAAUCCUCCCAAUUUGGACAAAAGCGCGUGUGCAUUGUGCUCCGGAAAGUACAAGUCUCCAAGAUGUCUACCCUGUUCACAUUCGUUUUGUCAAGAUUGUUUAUCGUCACACAUCAUAGACUGUUGUAAAUCUAAGGAUUUCCCUGUGGGUUUUAACUGCCCAGUGUGUCAGGUAUGCAUUCCCAGUAACGGUGAAUUUGAAACUCCGGAAAGAUGGGCGUAUCUUUUUCCUGUUAAUACCAUUUUAAUGAAAUUGGUUGCUUUCCCUGAACAGAAACAUUGCGCUGCCUGUAAGAGAGAUAAUGAAGAAGUAGAGGCGAUUGAUUUCUGUUUGGCAUGUAAUGAAGAACUCUGUAAAACAUGUUCAAAGUGUCACAGAAAAGGACUGACAACCCGGGACCAUAAGAUGUGUUCGAUGAACGAACUCCAAUUUCAGAACAGUUCACAUCUUUCAGAAUCAAAUACAUGUUCACAACAUAUUGACAGACCAGUGGAAUUCUACUGUGACAAUCAUGGAAUUUUUUGUUGUGGGUUGUGUGGAGCAAUUGAACAUAAGAAGUGUGAAAAUGUUUGCAGUAUAGAAGAGGCGCUAGAGGGUUUGAGAAAGGACAAGAAAAAGUUAAUUGAUACUUUGCAAAAUAAUAUAGAAACACAUGAGCAACAGCUUAUGUCAUUCAAACAAAAAGAGGAGGCAAAAAUUACACAACUAGAAAAUAUUUCAGAGUCAGUGUCAACAAGUUUCAAACAAUUUCGAAUGAAAGUGGAAGCGGAAUUAAAUAAAAUUGAAGAACUUGGUUAUAGUUCAUUAGAAAAAAUCAUUACAUGGAAAAAGUUGGAAUCGCAGAAAUAUAUAACUUCACUUUCCGAGAAAAUAAAUUGCGAGAAAAAUGUAAGUACUCUUCUGAAAGAAAUGAAAAGGGAAGAAAUCUACAAAGACAUGUUAAUAAAGUGGAAGCAAGCUAGCAAGAUGUAUGAGUAUAUAAAGAAAACAAUCGCACCGGAAACGGAUCUUAUAGUCGAAACAGAACACUCUCAGAAACUUACUGAAAUACUUGAUUCGUUAAGACAUUUGUCUUAUCCUAGUGAGUGUGCUAUCAAUGCAUGUUUUUGGGAAAUCAGAGGAAAAGACAAAUUAGGUCUCGCAAUUUUGAACGUAGAUUAUCCAAAAAUAGACAGAGAAGGAAAGGACCUGCUUAACGAUGGAACGUUUUUGCCAAACGGUAAUAUUGUAAUGACAGGAUAUUGUGUUCCAGAGUGCUAUCUUUUCAGCAACGACUUCAAGUUCUUGAAGAAAAUUGACAUUGAUUACCGUCCUUGUGAUAUACAUUUGAAAGGAGAAGAGUUAUUUGUCAGCUGUCCUAAUGAUAAAUCUAUACAAGUAUUGUCACUAGAGGAUUUCAAAAUACUAAGAACUAUUGAAAUUGGCGAGUGUUGCUACGGUUUAGCGAGUUUUAGAGACAAUCUGUAUGCUGCAUGUUACUCUUCCAUCAUUGAAUUCGAUGAUCAAGGAAAUAUAUUGCGCACGUUUUGGACAGAAAGUUACGUUUGUAAUUUGAUUGUGAAUUACGAUGGCGAUAUCAUUUACAGCAGUAGUACCGACUCCCAUUGUGUAAAAUCACUGUCCCAAGAAGGUAAUGUCCUUUGGACCUACAGAAGUACAAAUUUAAAAGCUCCUUAUGGGCUUGACAUAGAUUCCGCAGGAAAUAUAUACGUUGUUGGUAAAUUUAGUCAAAAUAUUCACAUUCUCAGUAAAGACUUUUCAUCGAUAACUGUUAUAGAAAACAUAUUCUCUCCAUUCUACAUAAAGAUAAACGAAAGCAAACAAAGAUGUUUUGUGAUUGCAUACACCGGAGCUUUGAGUGAAUAUGACAUGAGAUCAUCACUAAAAGGUAGAUCAAAGGAAAACGCAUAA